CCGACUCGGGGCAGAAAGCUGAGCUCGCUAUAUAGGGAGCAUUUCGGAGAAGAAUCAACUACACUUUUCAACUUUUUUUUUUUUUUUUUUUUCUCACAGCAUUUUCAGGGAAUUAAGGGUCUACCAUCUCCAAUGAAGCAUCACUUUACUUUGUUGAAUGAUAGUCCAUAAAAGUCAGUCAUGAGUUGCUUGGAUGUUAUGUAUCAGGUUUAUGGUCCUCCGCAGCCGUAUUUUGCAGCAGCAUACAGCCCGUAUCACCACCAGAAGCUAGCCUUCUAUUCAAAAAUGCAAGAAGCUCAAGAAAUUAGCAGCGGCCCGAGUUCGUUUUCCAGCCAUUCUGCUCCCACUAUAAAAGAAGAGGAUUGCGGCCGCGAGAAAGAGUGCCCUCCCGAAGCCGAGUACAUCAACUCAAGAUGCGUCCUUUUCACCUAUUUUCAAGGGGACAUCAGCUCUGUCGUAGAUGAACACUUUAGCAGGGCUUUAUGCCAGCCCAGCAGUUACGCGCCCAGCACGGCCGCUAGCAAGUCAGUAAGAAGCACGUCCUCCUGGAGAGAUGGAUCAUUCCCAAUGAGUCAGAGAAGUUUCCCUCCAUCGUUCUGGAACAGCACCUACCAGCCUUCAGUGACAGCCACCUUAAGCAGCAGCUCCCUGGGUGCCCCUCACACAGAAAUCCCAUUCCCCACAGACCCUUACUCCACUGCUUCUUUACACAGCCACCUGCACCAAGCCCCCACUGAGCCGUGGCAUCACGCACACCACCAUCAUCACCCGUAUUCCCUCAGCGGGGCAAUCAGCACGCAGAGCUCUGCCUACCCACGAGCCAGCAUGCAUGACGUCUACGGAACGCACUUUGACCCCCGCUACAGCUCUUUGUUAGUGCCCUCAGUACGUCCACAUCGGUUGACCCCUGCCACUGUCCCCACACCUGUUACCCCACAGUGUGACAUUGGGAAAAAUGAAGCAGCCACCUCUGCGUGGACGACCCCAGGGGCCUUCUCCGGACCAGGGGCAGACAUGGGUCAGAGCCUGAGUCUAAAUGUGGAUGCAGGUCUGCAGCCUCAGGAUAAAAGCAAGGACCUAUACUGGUUUUAAAGCAACCCCGAAUCAACCUGCCUUGGCUGUCCUGUAAAUCUGCCUUGUAGAAAUUGUGAAAUUUAAAGACAAUUUCUUUCUAAUCUUGGUUUCAGCGCGACGUUAUUCCCUUUGCGGUGGACCUCUCCUGAGCUGAUACACUUGAGAAAAAAAAGAAGAUCAAAUUGAUCAAUCAAAGUGAUCAACCAUCUGAUUUUCUUGAGUGGAGUAAAGACAAAGUGGAAACAACAGGACUCAAAAUGUAUUUCUAGAGAACUCGAGAAGAGUGUUUGAAUGUACAGUGACUUAUUUUUUUGUAUUUAAAUGAAGGUUUUGACUUUCAACAGGAAACGUCUGAAAGCACAGAUUUCCUAUGAACCAUAAAAACAUUUUGUUUUUGAAUAUGGUCAAUUCUGGCAAGGGUUUUGCUUCAACACAAACUUCACCAUUCAUGAAACCAUUCUGCAAUUUAGAAUGAAUAUCUGACAUCAGAAACAGACUGACAUAUCAUUUUGAUUUGAACUGGUUAGUGGCUAUUUGAAGCCACCUGACUUAAUAUUGCUCCAUUGCAGCUGUCAGGAGCAACUGUUCAAACUUAACAGAUAAUCAAGGGGGUCCCUCUCUGAGUCUGACCAAACAAGUGCUUUGGACUUCUUACAAGGAACAUUUUAUGAAAUCUGGACCCUCUCCCAAUAGAAAAUUAAACAACCUUCAUAGGGAACAACUGGACAAAACAGCAGCAAAAAGCAUAUUGACAACACAUGAUCUCAGUGGCUCAGAACUUACUGUGUGCGUCACUGUCUUUCUGUACUUUAGUUGCCAGUAUUUUUAAAGAUUGAAAGAAUAUGCAUGUGUAAAUGUAAGAGAGUUACAUUAAAGAUCUUUAUUACAAAGGUCUACAGUGUUCAAGUUAUUGUUGAUGCAAGAUGUCAAAAGCUAAACAUAAGAUAGACCUUUACAUGUGAAUACAUUAAUAUAUUCCCAUUAAAGUAUUUAUUUUCAUAAUACAAAGAUGGUGUAAAUGUUUUUUUUUUCCUUUAAAGCACGUUGUGGAUGUCAACAGAAACAAAUUUGAUAUAGUUCAGCUAUUUAAAACUGUUAGUUUUUGUGUAUUUUGAGUAUAACAAAAAAGACAGAACUAUUGUGCCUUCUAUAGUCAGUUGUAAACGUGAGUUUUAAGGUUCAGAAAAUGCAAUAGUCAGUUAUCAAUUGGAAUAACCCUGACACCACAAAUCUGCAUAAUGGUUUAACAAUGCUGGCUGAAGCUGUAUGUGGUUCCAUGUUAUAAUAAAGAAGUAGGUUACUGUUCACUUUUAAAGGACAAAAUGUACCUACAAGAUUUUUUUAUUCCAUUCCUUUGUACAGUGCUCACAGCUUUCCAAUCUUAUAUGUAUUGCCAGAUUGAUCACAAUGUGUUUUAAAAUUGAAGGGCCUUGAGCAGACCUUACUAAUUUGUGGAUAUGAACCAGUGGCUAAUUAUUUCAGAUGGUGUGAACUACAAUGUUAUUGUAUUUAUAAUCUCAGCCAUAAUAUUGAUUAUAACUAUUUAAUUGUCUACAGAGGUUUUCACCUGCAAAUUUUAUUUCACCCUGCCCCCAUAAAAGAUAAAACAACAAAAAUUAUUUUGUUUUGCCUCAGAAGGGCAAAAAACAGUAUUUGUUUUAUAGAAUUAGCAAGAAACUUAAAUGAUUUGAUUUAUGCUUUCUGAUAAUAAUGUUACCGUAUAAUGAAUUUGGACCCACUGUAAUUAGAUUUUAAUGUUAGGUUUUAACAUUUCAGUGGUGUGAUGUAAUAUAACGAGAAAAAUAUGAGUUCAAUAA